AUGACCAUGAAAACGGAUGAGACCGCUGUUGGCUUCCUCGGCAGGGUCAAGGAGCGCGGCCUUGCUGUCAACCAAGACCAUACAGUUACCGCCGCCGAAUAUAGGCAGAGACUAAUCUUUGGCUUACCGCGUUGGUUGAAGAGGAGGCUAGAGGGGUUCUAUGGUCCAAGAUUACACUCCACCAGUGCGGACGACUUGGCCGAUACCGCCGACUAUUUCAGAGUGACCGAGCUUCAAGAGAAGGAGACACAGUAUGACAGGGCACCUGAUAGAGCUCGAGGACUGAAGGGUGUCUAUGAGCCAAGUCAAACGUCACAGCGCGGUGAAGCUCAGAAGAUAAGAGCCUGUCAUCGGUGCGGCAGCUUAGUGCAUUUGAAGGCUGACUGCCAAGUCCCUGCUGACGUCAAGUGCAGCAACUGUGGACGAACAGGACAUGCUAUGGCAGCAUGCAGAGACGUCCGUUGCCGGAGAUGCAAUAAGAAGGGACAUUUAGCGAAGAACUGCCAGAAAGGCGAUUCUCGAAGCCAAAACGGUGCGAAAGCGGUUCAGUCCAAUCAAGCAACUCAAGAAGGGAAGAAGGAAACCUCGCAAGGACCUACUGCUUCACAAGGCCUUGUCGAGGUCCACAUCGCAGCUGCAGUGGCACAGGAGACCCCCGGGACGAUGAAGAUCCACUCGAUCGGAGAACGAGAUUCCCCUCCAUUGCUGAAGUGUGAUCUAGGAGAUACUGGUAUCUGCGUACAAGAGGUAUUAUUAGACAGUGGAGCAGCAUGCUCACUGAUACCAAGGCAGAUUGUCGAAGACUUGAAGAAAUUAGGAGGUGUGAAAGUAUUGGCCACUCCGAGAGCGAUCAAGCUUAUUUACGCCGAUGGCAGUACGGCCCUGAGCAAGGAAGAAGCUAUUGUCCCAGUGAGACUAAGAGAGCACUCUGACAAACUCGCCUACAUCCCCUUUGUCAUAGUCGACUGCCCGCUACCCCGAGUCAUCUUCGGCCGACGAGCACUGUGUAUCCUGGACGUGAACCUGAAGUUCCAUGAGACUGAUCCAUGCAGCGAACAAUCAGAGCUUCGACGUACGUUCCUCAGCGAGGAUGAAGACAGACAUCCUUCGUCGAGAAGAAGCAAUUUAACUGCCGAGUCAGUGGUGCCCGCAAUCCACGUGGAGGUAUGCCGGGUAAAUGGCGAGCUGCUCGUAUCGACGCCUGAGGAGGAAUACAGUGAUGCUAAAGAAAGUGAUCUCCUUACUUCGCACCCUCUGCCAGGGGGGUGGGUCGAGAAACUACUCGAAAAGGCCAUGCCGAAAGGAGUCCGUCAAACCAGCCUGAGAGGCAGAGAUGCGAAAGGCAAGAUGAUGAAGAAAGCUACUCUCUGCCUUGAUGCAAUAGCAGCCCAAGGUUGGGUAGAGAUCGGCAACGGCUUUAAGGGUCGACUGGCCAAGGGCGACCAAAUCAUGGGAACAGAUACUGAAAGCCAGAAAUACCAGUAUCAAGUAAGGUGGACGGUGACACCGGCGACGAACGAGAAUGCUACGUAUCCAUGGUCAAGUACAAAGAUGAUCCAGUCCCUAACACCCACUCAAAAAGAAGAGUGGGAUAAUCAGCUGGACGGUUACAUCAAGAAGGGUUGGUGGAAGCCACAGUUACGACCACCUGACCAAGACCAAAUGAGAAUGGCUGCAACAGUGUUCCCGGUGAUACAAUCCGAAGCUAAGACGACAAAAAUACGCCCCUGCGUUGAUCUACGUAGAAUCAACGGGGUCUCACCUCCACUGAAGUACCGCGAAAAAACGAGUGUUGGUCCCUCUUCGGUGCCCGAAGCAAUCCAGCAGCUGCGUGCGAUGGUCGAUGAUCGGAACCUAUCACAAGAAAUUCGUCAAUAUGAUUUGGCGAAGGCGUUCUACUCAAUACGUGUUCUCCCAGUAGAUGAAGACGGUCACCCCCUUGAGAUCUGGCUGAAGGCAGGGAUGAAAUGGUUCUCCAGCAGCUGCUUAGUCUUUGGCCUGAGCUGCGGUCCACUAGGGCUCAACUUCAGUCAACUUACGUUACUCAAGUGCGCUGAGAAGAUCUCCAGCGCUUUGGGAGACGACGCGGCACGAUGGAUUUGUGUCAUGGACGACUACAUAGCCGUGGGCAAUCGUCAGGAUGUUGUUGACAGUGAGAUAGUCAUGGAGCUGCUGUGGAAUCUCUGUGGCUUCUCAUGUCCACCUGACAAGAGAAGUUGUUACUGGAAGUUCGCCCAAGCUACAGGUCUCGCGAUGAAGCGCCCUGCUCCUGCAACUGAGAUGCAGACUCCGAUAACUAAACGGGAAGUCUACAAAGCAGCAGGGUCAUUUCUACGCCUCACGCAUGGUUAUGAGGAAGCUCUAGCAAUCGGCCACGCUGACGCCAUGCGAAAAUUAGCGGGUGCAUGGAAGGAUUGGGACAUACCGCCUGAAGACAAGGCAACGGUACAUCGUGUACGUGAACAUUUCAAGUUGGCGAAAUUGCAUUGGGAUCGAUGUAGCCCGAGCGAUCAGCGAUUGAUUUCGUACCAGCAUGUCGAGAAGCUGCGAGUGGAAGUCGACGCGUCGCAAGAAGGGCAUGGCUUCUGCGCCAUUGGAGGGCCAGAGGAUGCUGAGAUACAAGACAACUCUGAUAAUAUCAUAUAUGCCGAGGCUAGAUUCUUCAGUACUAAGAGUCGACCACUUGAUACCUCUGCUUCCAGAUCUGAAAGAAGUGCUCAUAAUAACUGA